GACCAGCAGCGACCAUAAAGCGUCAGAAGGAGAAAUGGCUGCAAGGUUACUGCUCCGCUCGGCUGUGAGAGCCGCUGGAAGCUGCCGGGCCGCCCCGGUACCGGCUCUGACCCGCGGGAUGGCUGCUGGAGGGAUUCCCACUGACGAGGAGCAGGCGACCGGCCUGGAGAAGAUCAUCAUGAAGGCCAUGAAGGAGGGAUCGGAUCCCUACAGCAUGAUGAAGCCAAAGGAGUACGCCGGCUCCAAGGUGGACCCCCACCUCGUCCCCUCCAUCACGAACAAGAGGAUUGUGGGAUGUGUCUGCGAGGAAGACAACACGGCUGUGGUCUGGUUCUGGCUCCAUGAGGGCGAGGCCCACCGCUGCCCGUCCUGUGGUUCCCACUACAAACUGGUUGCCCAUGAGCUCCCCCACUAACCUGUUGUCACAUGUUCCAGCUGUGUGUCUGCUCAGGGUUCACCCUCAGUGACCUCUGACCUCUGACCUUCACACACAUGUCUCCAACUAGUUUAUUUAUCUCUGAGCUCUUCUGUCCACUUCCUGGUCUUAGGUGGUGAGCUCUCGUCUGAUUGGUCUUUACUUGACAGACCCGCUGACCUCAUCAGUUUUUUGUUUUCCAUGUUAGCAUGAACGCAGGGAUCACGUGUGGUUUGGGACACAAACAGAUUCUUCAAACAUUUCCACUUAACUGCAGUUUACAUUCACACGAGUACUGAACCAUGUUCCUCUGACUCCAGGAGACUCCUUUGAUUCAAACAAUAAAGUCUCAACUUCUCUCUA